AUGGCCGUGGAGGAAAGAUUAAGGGGUAUCAAACCCUUACAAGGAGAACUGGACACUCUGCCUUCUGUUCAGGAACUUCGGCCAGUUGAUUCGUUUGAAGAAGCAUACGUCGCCGAGAUCGACAUAAAGUCGUCAAAUGUAGUUGUCAAACUACUUGAUACCCAUUACCCGAGAAACCCUGAAGUCAGCCGGUCCCAUCUGCGCAGGCUACUACGGCCAGAAAACCUCCCGGAACCAUUGAGACAGGAACUUGAAGAGGCCCAAGGACCAAAGCCCACUGCUUCAAUCCAUGUGCUCAUCCCACCACCUUUGCCGGAAACAUCAGAGCUGCAAGCCCUACUGGCACCGUAUACCCCGAGAAUAUCACCGCCCAGUCACAGUGGAUCCGACACCACCACCACCACGACAGAACAACCGUCACCAGAAAAACUACCUACAGUCCGGAUCCAAAAAACACUCAUCUCCACCAAACCACCUACAACGCCCGCCGAAGCACUCGAAUGGUCCUGCACAAAAUGGUCCACGAUAUAUAACCCUGCAGCACGAGUUGCAGCCCACGCACCACCACAAGUCCAGCUUGUGCGAGCCAAAGCUUCAAUAUAUCCCCGAGCAGGCUACUUCUUAGCCUUGGCAAAGGAGGUAGCGAAUGAGACCUUACAAUCCGGUCGAGGCCGUGGUGUAGGCGUGGUUAUCGUCGACCCCGAACUCACAGUCGGGAAGCCAGAUGACACAAACGACCUAUUGAAUGCCGUAGUUGCAGUUUCAGGGGAUACGAGGUGGUGGAAAGCUUCGCUAGGACAUGAGCACGAGAACGAGCACGAGCGCAAACAACAACAACAUCAGGAAAAGGAAUAUUCCAUUGACGAUGAGGCUGGGCCCGAAAGCCAUGCGGUUAUGCGGGGCAUAUCAAUGGUGUCGAGAAAACGAAUAGCGCUGAACAAGCCUGUCACCGAUGAAGUGGAAGAAGAAGUAUCUGCUCCCUCGGAAGUAGAAUCGGCCCCAUUAUCGUCGACCUCGCUUGAAUCGCAUUUCUUUCAAUUGCCUAAUCUACUCAAGUCCUCGAAGGGUGGGUAUCUGUGCACAGGUCUAGAUUUGUACAUUACGCAUGAGCCAUGUAUAUGCUGCUCGAUGGGGAUGCUGCUUUCGCGUUUCCGAAGCAUCACCGUUUUGAAUUCUGGUAUGCGAAGGUCCGCGGAGAGCAAUGCGCUGGACGCUGUGAAUGGGUACGGACUGCACUGGAGAGAAGAGCUUAAUUGGAGAGCCAUUGGGUUCGAGUUUUUCGAAUCAGGAGGUGGGGAAGGCAAGGCUGAAAGGGAAGAGUUUAACGCUUGA